AUGUCGGAAUGAACAAAAAGAUUAGCGUCAAAGGAAUUUUAUUUUGUUGAUAGGUUGAUUUGUCUUCUUCUAACUCUUCUAAAUUUCUAAAGCUACAUGAGAUCGUGCAUGUGUUCAGGUAUAAAGAUAGUGAAGAAUAGAUUGUGAAACAAAAUAAAUGAUGAGUUUCUUGUUAAUGAUUUAGUUAUUUAUAUUGAAAGAAAGAUAGCUAAAAUUUUAGUUCAGAUGCUAUUUUUAGAGGUUUAAAUGAUCUCAAAGAACGUUGUAGACUUUAAGCUAAUUAUUUUAUUUUUAUAUGCUAUUUUGAAAGAUUUCAAUGAUCUCAAAGAACGUUGUAGAUUUUAAAACUAAUUAUUUUAUUUUUAGUUACAUUUAUUUAUUUUCGGCCCACCCGGUCUCGAAAUCCUGGCUCCGCCCCUGAUGGAACCCAUAUGUUUGUGAUGAGGAAGCAGCGGAGGGAGAGUCCUGCGGAAGUCACUCCAUUGCUGACUAUUACGUCUUGGAUGGCUCCAUUUACCACCAGGGUUCCAGUACUGGCUGCUAAUAAUGGUUUGCAGGGGCGGGCUUUGUAUUGCAUAUCCAAAGCUUUUACUACUGCAGCUUCCAAGUUGGAGAAGAUUGGUUGGAGAUAUUCGAACUCUCGCGGGUAAAUAAUUUGCUCUGUUCUUGGCUGUGAUCGUUGACAAGAGUAUUCAAUAUUCAUCUUGUAAUCUGGACUUCUAAUAAGAUUAGUUGGAGAUAUAAUUAGUCACUAACUUGAGUUAAUCAGAUCACUUUGAAAUUGCAACCCUCUUGCAAGUUUGUCAAACCGGUUUAACCCAUAACUGAUGAAACUAGUGGGUGGCCAAAGGGUGGGGGUAUUGAUAUGGGGGAUUAGAAGAAAUUAGGAUUUUAUUUAUUUAUUUUAAAUAAAAGUGACAAUGAGUUGGAAAUAAUAUGACAAUUUUGAAAAAUUUAAUUUGAUCAUUUUUAUUAUUUUUAAAUUGCCACGUCACACAUUUAGCGGUCAACUUUUAAAGUUGACUGCCACAUAAGCAAAAGUUAACGGAGUUGGACGGAGAGUGAUCCAACGUGAAUGGUUUCAAUAAACUAAAGUACCACCAAUGGAUUUAAAUAUUUAGAGUGACCAAAUUUGAACGCUUUUAGUAAUCUCAGUGACCAACCAUGCAAUUAACCAUAUUAUAUAUAUUAACUCGAGAGAGAUAAGGCCAAGACUAUUUCGGGAGAUAUUUGCGAGGGCCCCACCGACAAAGAUAAGUCCUCAUUUUGAGUAUAGUAAUGAAUCGGCUCAAGAUAGGGUGCAUUAUGCACCCAUCAAUAACCAAAUCUCGACCCUUUAUUUAGAAAAUUCAGACCUAAUGAAGGAGAAUUAAAGACCAUUUUUAUUUUUUCUAGCUUUCUUAAUUGACUCACAUCUUUUUCGGUUUAACUCGCAUUUUAAUUUUUUUUGCACAGAUGGAACGAGUUCAUCGUGCUCUACAAAAUGGGAUCAAUUUUCAAUAUUUUUUGAGAAAAAAAAAUUCUGGCCUCUCGCUGCAUAUCAUAUGGUAUCUUCUUCGUUUUUAAUUUGUUUUUGAAAAAGUUUGCACAUAAGGGACGAGUUCAUCAUGAUCUAUUGGAUCUACAAAUUUCUGGGUGAACAAAUUACAGGACCAAAAAAUACCACACAAUACCAUACAAUACCACCCUGGUAUUGUAUGGUAUCUUCUUCGUUUUUAAUUCGUUUUUGAAAACGUUUGCACAGAAGGGACGAGUUCAUCAUGAUCUAUUGGAUCUACAAAUUUCUGGUGAACAAAUUACAUGACCAAAAAAUACCACACAAUACCAUACAAUACCACCUUGGUACGGGGUGGUAUUGUGUGGUGUACAAUGUUAAAAGUCGUAAAUGACAAUUAAUAUGGUAUGUAUUUAACCAUCCUACAGUCUUGGUUUGUUCAUACCAUCAUGGUACGUUUUUUAAACCAUAGGUAUGCUUUUAUUUCAAUACCAGUCAAUACCAUAUGGUAUAGACUGGUAAAAAAUGGCUCAAUUUUUUUUUGUUCGAAAAAUAUAUUAAAGUGGAUAUCAUUUUGAAGAGAUUAAUCUGAUCUAACUGUGCAAAAAAAAUUAAAUUUCGACUUAAAAUGAGUGAGAAAUCGUCCGUCAAAGAUUAAAGAGUGGAAAAUUAAAGGCUUUUUAGGAGAGAGAAGAUGCUGAUGUCAUGCUGAUGUGGACGGGUUACUCAUAAUUACUCACCAUAAGGUUACUGACCUGAUCCAUUCCCUAAUGAAUCGGCCCAUGUCCUCUCUAACUAAGGAGCCCCAGAAAUUUGGGAAACCAGACCUCCAGUUUUUCUCCUAAGCACUUUGGCUAAGGAGAACAUUUUUAUUUAAUAAUUCCAUAUGCAGUAGGAUUAUAAAAAAAAUAAAAGAAAAAAGCAAGGGUAUACCCGGAACUGGAGGUCAAUUGGAGAAAUUGUCAAUAUGAUGAUUUGACAUAAUGUAUUCAAACAAUCAAUAACGACCAUGGUUGUCACGCCGGUCGGCAUGUCACUGGUUGUACCACGUUCAAUCGAUACUGGUCAUAAAACCGGCGUGACACCACCGGUAUGACCGACAUGAUCGAUAUACGAAUCUCUAAGUAAAAUGACUUUAUUUUA